AUAACAGCAGGAGACAGUUUGAAUGCGGGUCUCCUUGCCGUGCUGCUGUGUCUCCACGAAGCUCUGGCGCCUCCCCCGUUUGCAGCAGCAACAACAGCAGCAGCAACAACAGCAGCAGCAACAGCAGCCGCAGCAGCAGCAGCAGCAACAAGCAAGUGGGAUCGUCUGCACGGCCUUCUCGAUGAAGCAGUUUCUUUUCUUUCUGCUGCACUGCAGCAGAAACGGCAGGCGAAGGCGGCUGCGUCUACAGACAGCCUGAAGCAGCAGCGGAAGCACUUAGAGGCAGGAGCAGCAGCUGCGGCUGCUGAUGCUGCUGCUGGCGACGCUGCGCGUCCAUUGCAGCAGGAGCAGCAGCAGCAGCAAACAGCAGCAGCAGCAGCAGGGACAGUCGACAUAGGACAAACCAUAGAAGGCACUGCAGCAGCGGGAGCAUCUGCUGCGCUGCUGUACAGCAGCAAGGAGGCAGGGAGAGACAGUGCAGAAGCAGCAGCAACAGCAGCAGCAGCAACAACAGCAGCAGCAGCAACAACAGCAGCAGGAGAGACGCGACUGCAUCGGCGGAAGCGAGCAGAAGGCGGACCCAAGUUGCUGCUGCUAGCUGAUGAAAGGGAUGUCUCUCUUGAUGAGGUGGAUGAGCGCGACCUACAAGAGCUGCUGGAAUUAGUGGUGCUGCAGCAGCAGUGCUGCUGCGCCAUGCCGAGUUGCUGUAACAACUGGUCUUUGCUGCUGCAGCAGGAGGAGCAGCGUGUGCGGCUAUGCGUGUUGCUGCUGCUGCAGCAGCACCACCAACUUGCUGCGCAUGUGCUGCAGCAAUGCGGCCUCAACCCACUUGAGGUGUAUAUCCAGGCUGUUCAUCUUCUUGCUAGCAGAGCACCAAAUAUUCAGAAGAUGAAGUCGCUGCUGUCUGCUGCCAGCAAGCACUUGUGUGCUGCUGAGUUUGACGCACUGGUGUGCAGCGCCAUUAGAGGCUGGGUGCUGCAGCAGCAGCAGCAGCAACAGCAGCAACAGCAGCAUCAGCAGCAGCAGCAGCAAAGCGUUGGAAAGGUAAAAUGCGACAGCCUGCAGGAGGCCCUCACUCUGGUGUCUCUUCUUGCUUCGCCUGUUGCUGCUGCUGAGAUGCGGGUGUUUCUUGCUACUAUGGCCCUUCAGCAGCAGCAGCAGCAGCAGCAGCAGCAGCAGUUGGGUGCUGCUUCUUCCUUCUCAGGGAGUCCUGAGCCUUUAUUUGCUGUUGAACAGAUUCGCGUUGCUGUUGAUGUUGCAGCAGAAAAAAAGAGUAAACAGCUGCUCAUUAUGUGCAGAGAUGCAGCAGCAGCAGCAGGAAACACAGCAUUAAAAGAACUCAUUCAAGCCAAGCUGCUGCAGCUGCAAAACAGCAGCAACAGCAGCAGCAACAGCAGCAGCAGCAGCAGCAAAGGCAGCAAAGGCAGCAAAAGCAAAGCCAAAAAAUAA